UGGUGAGAAACGGGCACAAACAGUACUAGAGCACCUCUGACAUAUUCCUGUGAAGAAGUUUGGCCUGUUCAUGGGGUUACGUCCUUAAUUACUUUCGCAAUAAAUCAGCUGUAUGAUUGAUUUGAGCAAUCGUGGACACUUAUAUUCAUAAAUUGCAUUAGCAGUUAUUUAAAGAAAGAAGCAAUUGGUCGCCGCCAGCAACAUUUAGUAUCGAUGGAGGUUAAUUAUGCAAGGAAAAGUCAAGUCAAUGGGGGUACAAGUGGAGGAAGAAAUAACUUCGUUCAUUUUCAAAAUUCAGGACCGGACUCAUACUUUCACCAAUACAAGUUACAGAAAAGUUAUAAAGAUGGCAAAGGCCUGUCUCCGUCUUUCAACUCAUUGUCAGACUCUUUGCUGAAAGACUAUCCACCAGUACCUGAUACAGUUUGGCCAGCUCUGGAAGACAACUGUAAAUCAAUGGAUUAUCCUCGAAGCAUGCUUAAUAACAGACUGCCAAUAGAUGCCAGUAACUGUGGAAGUGAAGCUGAUCUUUAUGGAUUGGUUUCAAACAUCUUGGAUGAACCAGAUUCGAUUGACCAAUACUCAUACUUUUCCGAGAAGGCAUCUAGUCUGAAAGGCGUGUGGUCUCCUAAGUUAUUGAGAGAGGACAGUUUGCAUUACUUCCAUAAUGAUGAGGUGCAGAUGACAUCCAGCUCUGGCUUCCCAUCAAACCAGAUUUAUCCUAAACCAAUCGGCAGAGAAUCUCAUGAGUGGGCCAAACCUCAGAAUAUCAAUGGUUUUGAUUCUUCCACACCCUUCCAUUUCUCCUCCUGUAAUGGUGAGCCUGAUGCCUACUUUUCCCCACCUCAAAAUCUUCCUCAUCCCCCAGGCCUAACCGCACCCUCAGCAUUAAGCUCUUACAUUACGAAACCUGAGUAUAUAACACCUGAGAAGGAUGAAGGGUACUGCAGCAGCAAUAACUGCCUGUCUGAUUACAUAAGUGCAGUAAACAAUUCCUGCCACCCUCCAGACAAAAUGGAUGGCUCCUUUUUCAGGUCCCCCCAUGCCUUUUCAGCUGUGAGCAAAGAAAAAGUGAGAAAAGAAGAUUCCUUCUCUGUGCAGGAUAUUGGUAAGCAGGCAUUUCUUUUAACAGAGCAGGAUGGUGGCUUCAGAGAUUCAGGCCAGAACGGGCUUCUGGUCCAGAAGAAUCAUGAGGAAAUCAUAGCAGAACAGGCAAGUCGUCCAUACCAAAGGAUAUCAGAAUAUAUUUCUCAGAUGCCAGAUUUUAAGAGAGAGAUAACCCGCAGCCACGUGGACCAAAUGAGAGCUGAUGUAGGAGGCAAAAAUAUGUUUUCACAGAGUUAUUUUCCUACAAAUGAAUUUUUUGGGUUCGGACAACAGCCACCUAAAGUUUUUUUGCCGACUCUGAACCCAAACAAAGAAGCCAACCAGAUAGCAAGUGGUACACCUCAAAGUAGUGUAAAUCAGUUCCAGCAUGCUCUGUCAAAUCACUAUCAAAGCCAAACCAGGAUCCCAAGUAAAACCAGCAAUAACCUUGAAUCACAGGGGUUAGCAAAGCUGAUGUCUAUGUCUGGGGUUGUUCCAUUACCUCCUUCUCAGCAGCUGUUCCAGUCCACAGCAAGAGUCCCGCAUAAUUUCAAUCAGGGAAGUGGAGAGAAUCUACAGUGCCCAAUAAACCAAGGAAGUCUGGACGCUUUAAGAAAUGGAGUAGGAAAUAUAGAAAUUUCAGACUAUGAUCUCCUAGAGAAAAAGUCGUCGGCAGGCUCCAUGGUUGACGGCCGUUUUACACAGCGAUUUGGAAUGAAGUCCAAACUUCAGGCUGGUUUUCUUAAAGAAGCUGACAAGAAACCAGGACUCCAGAAUCCAUUUCAGGGGGUUGGAAAUGUGUACACAGGACAGGUUGGACAUAUUAGAGCUGAUUCAAACGCAGCCAAACCCACACCAUCACAACUUUUCCCUUUCCUGUAUCAGACGGGUGAUCCUAGAAAAAAUGCCUUCUACCCGAUGCACUCGCAACCACCUCUGCCCUACGGCCCUGUGCCCCAUGCUGACAUGAAUGAAAAUCUUGCAGAUGGAGAGAUUUCACCCCUCAGACCCUACCUUCAAGAAGUUAGUGUGCCGAGCCAAGUGUUGGGGGAUGGGUCUUUUCCUGGGUUUCUGUUUGCUAUGAGUUUACCUAAACUUGGCAAAGAACUCGGAAGCCCCAACAGUCAGCUACACUAUUAUCUGGAGGAAUGUUAUGAGCAGUGGAGGAUGCUGGAAAAAGAAAGAAAGAAAGCAGAAACUGUUCUUAUUAAGAGUUAUCCGGAAAAACGUGUAUCGGUCUUGACCAGUAGUGCGUUACCCAAAAUGCCUCCAAAUCCCACAAGAGUGGACAGACUCAUUGUAGACCAGCUGCGAGAACAUGGAAAGGUGGCUGCUUUGCUAGGGAAGAUGGAACAGUUGCGUAGUUUUCCACUUCAUGCCAAUAUUAACUCGGCACUGGACAGGCAUCUUGAGUUCAUCUACACCACGCAGGCACGCCGCAAAGACGAAUUCAUCAAUGCUAGCGGCAGACAGAGGCAACCAGCGGCCUUCUUUAAAGAGGAAAGGGAGAUACUUCUGUUGGCAUCUGCAGUGAAGGACCUGUGUGCCAGCACCCGAAAGGCCCGUACUGCUCUGUGGUGUGCUUUGCAAAUGACUUUGCCCAAGAUGAGCCGUUACCAAGAAGAGAAACAAGAGAAAGGUUCCUGCUCCCCUGUUGGGCAAGACAAUCCUGAGCAGAGCAGCCUGGAGAGAGCAAUAAUUUCCCUGUGAUCACGGUUUGUAUGUGAGUGUCCUUGGUUUGACAAGGAAUAAUAUCUUAUAGUCUGUCAAAAAAGGCACAAGUUGUGUUUUAAGAUGAAUAGAUGAGUUAUUUAAGUUAUUCUACCAUAGUGAUAUAUUAGGCUCAGUUGUGGGCAGCCAAUAGAAUUAUCAGUUCAUUAAUAUUUAUUCUUUUUCUUCAGUGGAAAUCACUAAUCACAAUCAAAUUCUCCAAAAGAUAGUGCAUAGAAUUAUGGCAAUAACAUCAUUAUGGAGUUACUGUAUGUCCAUGGGCUCUAUAAAAACUACCAGUAAAGAAUGUUUUGAUAGAGUAACAUGUAAAAAAGAUGAGUGGCAGUGGCUAAAGAGUGACAGUAAAAGAUAUGAGAGGGAUGAAAUCAGAAAAGAGGGACCUUUUAACUGGCUUAUGGUGAUAAUGAUUUUGCAGCAAGUGUAUCAUCUGUUACUUUGGAGGAUACAGGGGUUUUGUUGCCUAAUUGGCCCCCGAAAUUUUAUAAAUAGUUAUUACUUAGAAAAACAAUUUUUUGGUAUGUGUUUGCUUUGCUCAAAAAAACUAGUAUUUGUGUAAGAGGUUUUUGGACAGUUUAAUUAGUACCUGCUGCACAGUAACCAACAUACUCUGCUAAUUUUAGUUCCACUGAUACAAACAUCCACAAGAGCUUAGACCAUAUUUAUAACCAAUAGAAAGUGUUCAUGUUGUCCUGUUAUUUUACAUAUUUAUUUGAGCACUUGUUUUUAGUGAUCUCGCUAGAUAAACAAUGAUAAUAGCAACUCUCUUCUAAAUUUUCAAAAAAUCUGAACUUGAAUUUAUUUAUUCACAAUUUGUUGGUCUCAAAUCUUUUCCAGCCCAAGAUUUCAUCACUAUUUUCCAAUGUAUAUCAUCAAUCUCUGUGUGUGAUUUAACAAAUUUGAGGAUUUACUGAGAAUACAUACCCCUUUAAAAAGCCCAGAACAACAUGAUUUAUGGACUGCAAUAAAGGGAAUGUUACCUA